CGGCGCAUGUGAAAUGGGCAAAUCGAAAAGAGCAGUUGUGUUUGGUUUGUGAGGCUGCCAAGAGCGAGAAACGAACGCGGACGAUGAAUAAAAUAUUUGGGUGGCUACUGUUUGCCCUGUGUCUGCUGCUCACUUGGCCAACGCCCGGAAAUGGCCAAUCCCCGGAUGACUCCCAGCGACUCCUGGUGGCCAUCCACUACGAGGCCCUGUGCCCGGACAGCAUGAACUUCAUCCGGCGCCGAUUGUACGAUGCUCUGCAGGACAACGACUGGUGGUCGGUCACCGAUCUGGAGCUAUAUCCAUUUGGCAAGGCGGGGUUCUACAAUAACACCUCCACUGGCGAGAGACAAGUGUUUUGUCAGCAUGGCGUGGAUGAGUGCGAGCUGAAUGCAGUCCAUGCCUGCAUCAUUGAGACCCUGGACAUCCGCAAGGCCUUCAACCUGAUCUACUGCAUGCUGCGCUCCUACUCCAACGAGCUGGACUCGUGCUCCCGCAGCAUGGGUGUGGACGUGGCCAGGGCCAAGGAGUGCAAGAGAUCGCGCUCCACGCCAGAAAUAUUGGCGCCCUAUGGCAAGGAAACCCUCAAGCUGGGCAUCUCCUUUGUGCCCACCAUUGUGUUCGAGAAUGACUUUGAUCCCUACGACCAGAGGAGCAUUCGCAACAAUUUUGAAAGACACUUUUGCCGCCAGUAUUUGAAAAAGUUCAACAUCAAACUGCCCACUUGCUAAGCCAUUUUGCAAACUUUUAUGUAAUGUACUGAGUAAUGUCACUGUUUCAAUGUUCCAAGACCAAUAAACUAUAGUUACAACCA